UCUGUCAUCCAAGCCAAAGGUCACCUUGGUCAAUAAGUACAUAAAACCGAAACAGAUUCAAAUUCGGGAUAUUAGUAUUUGUUUUUUGGUGCGUAAAUUGUACUUUUGCUGCCUAUAAGACUCUUUUCCGAAGAAUCUCCGUGCAGGGUGUAUUUUAAUCCUCAAGCAUGGAUGGGACAACGCAGAGAUUUAUUGAAAGGGGUUCCCAUAAAGGGAAAGGACUUGCCGUAUUCACCAGCGGUGGUGAUUCCCAAGGAAUGAAUGCUGCGGUCAGAUCCGUGGUAAGAAUGGGAAUCUACUUGGGUUGUAAGGUGUACUUUAUUCGUGAAGGAUAUCAAGGCAUGGUGGACGGUGGUGAUAACAUUGAAGAAGCCAACUGGUCGUCCGUAAGCUCUAUUAUCCAUAAAGGUGGCACUAUUAUUGGAUCUGCCCGCUGUAUGGAUUUCAUCAAACGAGAGGGACGUCUCAAAGCUGCUUACAACUUAGUGACCCGUGGUAUCACUAAUUUGGUAGUAAUUGGAGGUGAUGGCUCCCUUACUGGUGCCAACCUGUUCCGACAGGACUGGUCAGGAUUACUGGAUGAACUCCUGGACAACAAUAAGAUUACAAAAGAUCAAAGGGAAAAGUACAGGCAUUUGCAUAUUGCCGGAAUGGUUGGCUCCAUUGACAAUGAUUUCUGUGGUACCGACAUGACUAUAGGUACCGAUUCUGCUCUGCACCGCAUUAUAGAAGCUAUUGAUGCCAUUGUUAGCACAGCUUACUCUCACCAAAGAACAUUCAUUAUGGAGGUUAUGGGCAGGCACUGCGGAUAUCUUGCUCUGGUCACGGCCCUGGCAUCUGAAGCAGAUUUUGUAUUUAUCCCUGAGCAGCCCCCGUCGGUAGACUGGAGCGUCAAACUUUGUGAUAAUUAUCUGGCAUUAGUGGCCGCUCUGGCGAGCGAGGCAGAUCAAGUAUUCAUUCCAGAAGACCCUGUUCCCAAUAAUUGGGUAGAAAAGCUUUGCAAAAGGUUACAACAGGAAAGGAAGUCCGGUCAGCGUUUGAACAUCAUCAUCGUGGCGGAAGGCGCUAUCGACCGGGAAGGCAAGCCGAUCACCGCUGAGCUGGUGAAAAAGGUUGUGGUGGAUAACCUGCAGCAGGACACUCGCAUCACCGUGCUGGGUCACGUGCAGCGAGGAGGGUCACCUUCCGCAUUCGAUAGAAUUUUGGGAUGUCGCAUGGGCGCCGAAGCUGUGAUGGCUCUGAUGGAGGCCACCCCCGAGACGGAGCCGUGCGUGGUCACCCUGGACGGGAACCAGGCUGUGCGGCUUCCACUCAUGGAGUGCGUGCGCCGAACCAAGGCUGUCUCUCAGGCUAUGGCUGACAAGAACUGGGAUCUGGCUGUGCAAUUGCGCGGGCGCAGCUUCGCUCGCAACCUGGAGACUUAUAAAAUGUUGACUCGCUUGAAGCCGCCCAAGGAAGCUUUUGAUGAGUCUGGAAAACCCGCUGAGGGUUAUACACUAGCGGUAAUGCACGUAGGCGCCCCGGCGUGCGGUAUGAACGCGGCCGUGCGUUCGUUCGUGCGAAACUGCAUCUACCGCGGAGACACCGUGCUCGGCAUCCAUGACGGCAUGGAGGGGCUCAUUAGUGGCAACAUUGUCAAGAUGGAGUGGUCCGACGUGACGGGCUGGGUGGCUCAAGGCGGCGCCUUCCUCGGCACCAAGCGCACGCUGCCCGGCGACAAGAAGGGCGAGAUCGCGGCACGCAUCAAGCAGUUCAACAUCCAAGGAUUGCUUAUCAUCGGUGGAUUUGAAGCCUACCAAGCGGGCUUGGAGCUAUACGAGUCCCGCAGCAAGUACCCCGAGUUUUGUAUCCCGCUGGUGGUGAUUCCCGCCACCAUCAGCAACAACGUGCCUGGUACCGACUUCUCUCUGGGGUCCGACACCGCUCUGAAUGAGAUCACUGAAAUUUGUGACCGCAUCCGUCAAUCUGCUCAGGGUACAAAACGUCGUGUAUUCGUCAUAGAAACUAUGGGAGGGUACUGUGGAUACUUAGCUACUCUGGCAGGGCUCGCGGGCGGUGCUGACGCCGCUUACAUUUACGAAGAGAAAUUCUCCAUCAAAGAUCUACAACAGGACGUGUACCACAUGGCCUCCAAGAUGACCGGUGGCAUUCAACGCGGUCUUAUUCUGAGGAACGAGAAAGCUAAUGACAAUUACAACACUGACUUCAUCUACCGACUUUACUCUGAAGAGGGCAAGGGACUCUUCACUGCUAGGAUGAAUGUGCUUGGUCACAUGCAACAAGGCGGUUCCCCCACUCCCUUCGACCGCAACAUGGGUACAAAGAUGGCGGCCAAGUGCCUCCACUGGCUCGUCGAAACCUUGCAGAAGGGACCUGCCAACACGCCCGACACGGCGUGCUUGCUCGGCAUGGUCAAGAGGCAGUACAAGUUCACCCCGUUAGAAGAUCUGAAAGCUCAAACCAACUUCUCUCAAAGGAUUCCCAAACAGCAAUGGUGGGUAAAGCUGCGUCCAUUGCUGCGUAUCCUGGCCAAGCACGACUCUACCUACGAGGAAGAAGGGAUGUACAUGACUGUGGAACAAGGGGACAUCGACUCCGACGAUGUCCUGUAAACAUGACAAUGUAACAAUGGCUUUAGUAUUGACGCUCGCCAUUUUUAACAUCACUUAUUUAUUGCAAUGGUACAAUAGGAUUGUGAAGUUAAAAUGAUCGACGGGUCACAAGUUUAGUAUAGAUGUGUAAUUUAGGAGAUCUUUUUAAACAAAUUAGUAUUUUUGUAGUUUUAAUGAAUCUAUUAUUUUAGAAAUAAACACUCAAAAUUUAUGGUUAAAUUAUUUUCUCUUUAUUCUAUUGGCUUCUAAGUGUUUUAUUUAAAAGAUUUAUAAUAUCUACCUACUCUUCAUUCUAUUUGAACAUUAUAGUAGCAAAGAACGCCAGCCAAUAUUUAUAAGAACACUGGCUUAUUAGGUAAUUAAUCAAACAAAAAAACAUAAUGUAUGGCUGUGGAGUAACGUGUAAAAUCAUAUAAUAUUUAACAUAGAUUCAAUUUAUUUUUGGAAUUUGAUACGUAUAUCACGCAUCAUUUUUAUAGUUUUAAGUAAUAACAAUUAUUAUUUAUUGCAAAUAUUAAAUCAUCUGCUCUAUAACUGUUAAAAUGAGUUUCUAAAAAUCUAGUGAAAAUAUACAACUUUUGUUAUUUUUUAUUUUUAAAGCCAGUGAAGUUUGUGUUAAAUCAUGCUUCAAUUGGAGCGAUUUUAGUUCAUAUUGUAGCAGUAUUUUUUCGACAUUAUUUUUUGUAAUAUAGAUUAUUCUUUUUACGUAAAGUUCGGCGGCAAAUAAAGUAUAACCUGUUAUCAAUUCUCAAAGAU